UACAACAUUUGAAUGCUCGCAACGAAAUACGUAGCUGCUUGGCUCUCGUGAAUUCUCUUCUUACAUAGAAAUAACUCAAGACAGGAUGUGUUUUAAUAGUGAAAACAUUUUCUUGCCAGCACAAAAAUAAUAUGACAUCGAAUACCACGAAUAUAUUUAAAGUGUAAUGCAAAAGUCUGGUAAAAGAGCCAAGCCUUGUCGCGGACAGGUUCUCGUCUUUGUUAUAACUUAUUAAAAAAUUAACUGACAAUAUCGCUUCGACUGGAUAAAAAAGUUUAAGCCUAAUUCGAAAUUGGAUCAACUCAGCGCUCAAAGUAUUAAAAAACCCUCGAACUGGAUAAUUUGAAAGUUUUAAUCUGGAUAAGGCACAGUAGAAGCCAAAUUUUUAUUAUAUUACAAAUGCUUGAAGAAAAAUCAUUUACGGUGACGGUGGGAUAAAUAGUUAAUACACAAUAUUAGCACGCACGCGUGCCAGAUGAAAUAAUCAACAGUGAGAGCAACAAAAACUAGAUGAAAGAACAAAAACUAUUCAAACUGAAGCAAUUGUCGGAAGACGUGACGGUGCUGUUGAAAAUUAAAAAAAUGGACAGCAUCGUGGAGGAGAACGGCGGCGGUAACUCCAACAUGAAUAAUGUGGAUGAAGCGGCAGUGACAGCAGUAAAUGUUGCUACUGCUGGUCAUAAUUUAAAUAUGACGUCACAACAACAACCUCAACUCACAGCAGCAUCUUCAGCACCUACGACACAAAAUAAUAUAAAUAAUAGCCAAAAUGUGGCGCAUCCGCCACCACCACCCUCCUCCCAAUUAUCGGCAUCAGUUUCAGCAGCUGUAGCAGCUGCCGCUGCAACCGGUACUGUUCUUACCACCACAACAAAUGUGGUACAAUAUUUAUCAUCUCAUCCCCACGGUUUGCCGGUUCAGUCAGUUAUACAGGCAGCCAAUCAAUCAUCUGUCAUACAAACAGCCGCCGGUACAAAUACACAAGGACCUGUUGCUAUACCCAAAGGUGUACUCUUUGUUAAUAAACCAAAUACAGUUAUACACACAACACCAGGCAAUGCUGUCCAACUUCCUCCACAUUUUCCCUGCAAGAUUAAGCCAGAACCGAAUACGCAACACCUCGAUACAAAUAGUGAAGAUAGCUUCACGGAUGAGGAUUCACCGCGCGGCCGAAGAGAACUUACCCGACGACCUUCAUAUAAUAAAAUCUAUUCAGAAAUUAGUGGACCCGACAUAACAGGUGGCACAAAUUUGCAAAUGUCAGAAAAUGUUGGUUUACCCGCCUUGGCAACUGGUGCAACAGGCCCCGCAACUGCUACCCUAAUACAUUUACCGCCCGAGAAUACACCGCCAUUUUAUAUACCCAAUAGGAUGUCAUAUAAUUCUAAUAAUAAUGUCAUAGCUGAAGAUCAGUCCCGCAAACGCGAAAUACGUUUGCAAAAGAAUCGAGAAGCGGCUCGCGAAUGUCGUCGGAAAAAGAAAGAAUAUAUUAAGUGCCUAGAGAAUCGUGUAGCGGUGCUGGAAAACCAAAAUAAAGCUCUUAUCGAAGAAUUGAAGUCUCUUAAAGAACUUUAUUGUCAAACCAAAAACGAUUGAGAUAAACCCCAUACGCUAGAAGAUUUUAUACCGGCAAGUGAACAAGAAGAAUCAGUGAAUGAACAGCACCAGCAAGACAUUGAUUUGUUAGCAAAUGAAGAAGAAGACAAAAAUGAAGUGUUAAAAGAUGAAAUUAACACUAUACCCUCCUGCUCGACAUCGGCUGUCAUUAUUACCCAUAAUAAUAAUAAUAAAAAUAAUAAUUAUAAUAAUAAUAAUAAUAAUAAUAAUGAUAAUGAUAACAAUAAUGCUCGAAUUUUAGAUGAUAAACAAUACUUGCUGUUACGUCAGGCUUUAGCAAAGGAGUCUAAUACAGGAGCGCCCAGCAACAAUUCUAGCAUAUCUUGUAUACGGAUAAUAGCAAAGUCUAACGAAAGCCACAACAACAACAACAACAACCACAACAAUUGUGAACCUGAUUAGAUGAGUUUUUUUUCUAAAUACUUGCGUA